AUGGGCGACCUAUUCGAGGGCGACGGCCCCAUGGCCGGCCGAGGCCGCAACCCCUUCACAGACGACCUCAAGUCCUUCAUCGACCAUGUGAUGCGCCACUACCACGUCCCCAGCCUCUCCAUCGGCAUCGUCGACGGCGAUGAAACAUUCAUCAACACAUUCGGAGAUUCCGAGGCCUCAAAAACAAAGACCACAGAGGACACGCUCUACUUUAUUGCCUCGUGCACCAAGUCCAUGACGGCGACGGCCCUGCUCUCUGUCCUCGAGGAGCUAGGCGACCCCGCCAACCUCAAGACCAAGAUUGCCUCCAUCACACCGGAUUUCGCCCUGCAAGACGACUAUGCGACCGCGCACGCCACGCUCGAGGACGCCCUGUCGCAUCUCCUCGGCGUCGGUAACCACAACCUCAGCUACGGCGGCGAGGGAUACACCGUCCUCGAUGCCGUGCGUUCGCUGCGCCACCUGGCCAUGACGGCUGAGCUCCGCGAGAAGAACCAGUACCUCAACCUCGGCUACAUUGUCAUCCAGCACGUCAUCGAGACGCUCACGGGCAAGCCGAUUGAGGAUGCCCACCGCAAGCACAUCUGGGAGCCGCUAGGCAUGAAGUCGACCUUUAUCAGCCUCAAGGACGCGCAACGGGCGGACAAGGUCCUCGCCAAGGGGUACACGUGGGAUCCGCUGAACAAGAAGCAGCUCGACGCCCCGUACUCGCACGACUAUCCGCUCGUGGGCGAUGGUGGCAUCAUCAGCUCCAUCAAGGACUUUACCACCUACCUCCGCGCCGUCAUCCACAAGGGCUUUCCGCUCUCCGACGAUCGGUUCGCCGAGCUCUUUAAGCCGAGGAGCAUCGUCUCGCCGCCCUCGUACGAGCACAUGUCGACGCUCCUAUACGCGCUCGGAUGGGGCGUCUCCAGCUUUCGCGGCCGGCGCAUGAUUUCACACAGCGGCGGCAUCGCCGGGUUUGCUUCCAAGCUCCAGUUCCUGCCCGACCAGAAAUGGGGCAUCGCCAUCCUCGCCAAUUCAGAUCUCGGCGGCGCGUUCGCCAACGAGGCCGUCAUCAUGCGCAUGAUCAACGACUUUCUCCAGAUCCCUGCGGGAGACCGACAAGACGUCGUGUCCUUGCUCGACAACAAGCUCGAGGGCAUGGUGCAAGACUAUCUUGAUGUGCGCAAGACGCUGUACCCCAACGUCCCCGAGAAACCGCUGCCCCUGACGCUGCCCCUCGCCGAGUACGCCGGCUCGUACCACAACCCCGGGUACCGGACCAUUGAGUUUAAAGUGGUCAAGCCGCGCGAGGGAGUGCCCGUGGCGGACGGCACGACGGAGGUGCUGCACGCGGACAUCCGGCGGCUGCUGGACGUGACGCUCGACCUCGAACACAUCUCGGGCGAAUACUUUGUCGCGUGGACCGACACCGAGACGUCCAACGUCCUCAUCAAGUCCGGGCUGCGAGCGGAGUUUGUCAUCGGCCACGACGGCAAGGUGUCCAAGUGUGGCAUUCACCUGGACCCGGUGUCCCGCUCCGACGACGAUAGAAUGAAGGUUUGGUUUACCAAGGUGAAUGAUCUUGGGAGCUGCUAG